AAUCAUUUAUAAUAGCUGUUCCAUUCAAGUUCUUAUAAAAGAAACAUGGCUGUAUUGAAAUGGUUGAGCAUUUGCCUGACUCUGUUCUGCCAAGGCACAGCAGCAUCAAAACCUUGCAGGUGGACGCAGUUUAGGUUGGGGAAGCUGAACGAUGUGAGCAUAGGCCUGCUCUCAGAUAUGGGUGGACUCUUUCCACUUAUGUGUGCAGAAGAAAACGUCGAACAAAUGUUUCCAGAGGAUCUUUACAAGAACACAGAGGGUGAGGACGUCUAUGUGGUUGCAUUGGAGGCUAUGCGAUAUGUGGAACAAUUAUACAACAACAGUCUGACGUCUGUCACGUGGAACAAAACAGAACUUAACAUGUUCCAAAACGUCAUAUAUCGUCAAGUUCAAAACUUAGAGUUAUGUGUCGUAGGUGGUGUUUGGGAAUCCUCUGGAGAUGGAUGGUCGGUUACUCUGAAAACAUACUUCAACAAGCUGAACACCGUCUUGAAAGAGAAGGAACACAGCGCAUGCGCAUGGGAGAUUGUGCGAAAGGAGAUUCGCGAAAACUUGGUGCAGUUCAAGAAAUUCAUUGACAGCAGAGUCAAGCUGUGAGGAGAACCACAGAAUCAUCAUUGGAGACUGACAUAUUCCUCAGGCUGGCUAACAGAUUGAUGGCUCAUAUAUAUACUGACUGACUGACUG